AUGGCGAAAUCAAGGUUGGCUCCCCGCGAUCGGAUUACCAUCCCCCGACUCGAGUUGCUCGCUGCUCUGAUUGCGGUGCGACUGAAAGAAUUUUUAACUCAGAAUCUGAGCAUUGCGUUCGAAGCCUACAGAUUCUACACCGACUCGGCGAUCACUUUCCAUUGGGUCACAUUCGCGAACCCUGGAGCAUGGAAAACGUACGUCAGCAACCUGGUCAUCGAAAUACGGGCCAACUCCAGGCCGGAGGAAUGGUUCCACGUCAAAGGCAAAAGGAACAUCGCCGCCGACCUCGCCACUCGCGGGGUGAGCGCUGAGGCGCUCGAAAAAUCUACAGAAUGGUGGAUCGGCCCUGAGUGGCUGCGUCUGCCGUUGGAGCAACAGCCAUUAAGUCGACCGAGCGCGAGUGACGACGACGUCGCUGGAGUCAGAAGUGAAUUGAGAGCGAUUGUCGCUCCAAUCGUCUCGCAACGGCCUCUUCUCGACCUGGCUCGCCAUAGCUCCGCGGGCCGUGCCGUUCGCGUCCUGGCAAACGUCUUGCGGUUCUGUUCGUUAAUUCGGCACUCGCCUUUGCCGGACGUCAAGCUGCUCCGCCAAACAGCUGAGUGUCAUCUGAUUCGCUGGGCUCAAUGUGAGCACUUCCACACGGAAAUCGAGGCCGUUCGAUCAAAGGAACGGAUCCCGGGAAACUCUAAAUUGGGCGCCUUCAACCUCUUCCUUGACGAAGACGGACUUCUUCGCGCAAGGACCCGGGCGGAGCUCCGCGACCCGUUCCAUGUCACCGGGGUGGACUUCUGCGGUCCCUUUCACAUUCGUCAACGCCAGGGCACGCAUAAGGCCUACGUUGCUGUCUUCACUUGCACGACCAUUCGAGCCGUACAUCUCGAGUUAGUUCCCUCGCAAUCAACUCCUCAAACACAUUUGGCCAUACGAAGAUUUUUAGCAUCACACCCCGCUUGCAUUCGAUUCAUAUCCGAUAACGGCGCGUCCUUCGUGAAGGCAGCUACUGAACUGAAACGCCUGUUCAACACCGUCAGAAAUCCCGACGUCCGGAAGGUUCUGAAUGGUCGUAGCAUCGACUGGUCAUUCAUCACGCCGAGGAUGCCGUCUCAUGGUGGAUUCUAUGAGGGGGCUGUCGGGAUUCUAAAAUCAGCACUGAUCAAGACCCUAGGGCGAAGCCUGAUUGGUUAUGAGGAGUUUCGUACCGUCUUAUGUGAGCUCGCAGCCAUUAUCAACGAGCGGCCGUUAACGUACGUUCCCAAUGACGCGAACGAGCCGACUGCUAUAACCUCUGCGCAUUUUCUCCGAGGUGGUUUCUUUCACCGCGGUUACGCUGGUCUGCUGCAGACUGAUAAACUACGCAGUGACGAGUUGGCCACAGCCGACGAUCUCCGGCGAGGACUCGCCUUGAGGACGACGUAUUUCAAGAGUGUCUCUGUGCGAUGGUUCAGGGAGUACCUGUCACUCCUUCGAUCCGCAAACGCGACGCGUGGCAAGCGAUCGCCUCCAAUCCGUGUCGACGACGUUUGCAUCCUCGGAGAAGACAACGUCGCUCGGGUACGAUGGCCGUUGGUUCGCGUCAUCGAGGCGCACGCUGGUAGGGACGGCCUGGUUAGAACCUAUACUGUGAAAUUCGCCGCAGAGCCGCUCAGCUCUUGUACCCUUUGA